AUGCUGGUUCUUUCGUCUUCCCUCAGGCAUUUAGUCAUCUCCGUCGAUCGUAUCAUGGCCGACAGCCCACCCAAACGAACGCAUGAAGACGUCAGCACCAUCCCCAACAUCGAUGGCCAGUAUCGUGCGACCAAGUUCAGGUCGCCGGACGGUCUUUGGGCAGGACGCUUUCCUAGCGGACGACUGCGUGAACAUCCCGCAAAUGGCCAAGGGAGAGCGCUCAACGCCCGCUCCGCGAUCUCACGUCUUACGGGCACCUCUGGGAUAAAUGUUGAAAACCAAUCUUCUCAGGGCUACAAGCUGCUGCCUACCUCCAUAGGCCAAUGCGCGAUGGAAGAUUGCAUACAAGGUGGGCCAGACCAGCCUAUUCAGCAGGGUCAAACGUACCCAUUGGACGACUUCGUAUUUGAGCCCGAAUUGGGAGGCUCCUCAAACCCUGAUUGUGGUGCAACUAUCUCGAGUGAGGAACAGCAGGAACUGCCUUCGCUGGGUGUCCUCAAGUUCUUCCAACUAAGCUGUCUCGCACUCUUCUGGCUUGCGAUUAUGUGUGCAGCUUAUGUCGUGGAGUGGGUGAAGCAGAGUGCGGCUGGAGCAGUUGCGUAG